GAGUAUUCUCGGCGAAUCUGAACGACGCCAAAACCGGCUGCGUUCCACCAGAGUCGACCCUUCCCUACUCAUUACACCCCCUCCGCUCCUCCCUGGUAAAUCUUCCCCCCACACACACCUCUUCCGGGAAGCCCUACCUACACCCACCACUCUACCACAUCAAACAAUGGCUCCCCAACCUCACAUCCGCUUGUGGGAAGACAUCACGCCUCUCCCAAAGCCUCUCUGGGAGCCAACACUGCCUCGAGUUCUGGUCAUCGGCGGCGGCGUCUCCGGCCUGGUCACCUCCUGGGUGCUCCUCGAUGCCGGUUACCCCGUUACCAUCCUCGCCAGCGAGUACGCCAUCUUCACCGGAUCGCGCCGCCUGACCUCUCAAAUCGCCGGCGCUCUUUGGGAGUACCCACCCGCCGUCUGCGGUGCACACACCGACCCGAUCUCCCUCCAGUCCUCGAAGCGAUGGUGUAUGGAAUCCUACCAUUGCUACUCUGCCCUCGCCGCAUUUGACUCCGCCGCCACCGGUGUCUCCAUGAAGACUUCUAUCGCUUGCUUCCCGCACCCGAUCGCCGAAGACCCAGUCCAGGUCGCGAAGGUAGCCGAGAUGACUGCGACCGACAUUCAAGACUUUCGCCGCGACAAUGGCGCUCUCCAAAACGUCGGCGUCAACAUGGACUUCCCCAUCCAUGAAUGCUACUCGCAUCUAGCACCAGUGAUCGACACCGACCGUGCCAUGGCUUGGCUCGCAUCCCUCGUCAAGUCCAAGGGCGCCACAAUGCUCAUUGGAACCAUCUCCGGCGACUUGAUUCAGCAAGAGAAGGCCCUGCUCACCCGCUUCUCCGCCGCCGCCAUCGUCAACGCCUCUGGUCUCGGCUCCAGAGGCCUUGGAACCGGUAGCACAUGCUACCCCCUUCGCGGCGCCCUCCUCCGGGUCCGCAACGACGGCACCGACUUCCCCAAACUCACUGCCGCUCUCAGCAUCUCCGCCGACUCGAGCGAGGACAACGAGAUCGUGUUCUUGGUCCCGCGUGGCGAAGACACUCUCCUGCUCGGCGGCCUCGCCCAGCCGAACGAAGCGAGCUUGGACUUGACCCUCGACUCGCCGGUCAUCAAGCGCAUGCGGGAGCGGUGCGAGAAGUUCUUGCCAGUCUUGAAGAAGGCGAAGUUGGUGGAGGGGUACCCGCUUGCGCAGGGGCUGCGGCCGUUUCGCAAGGGCAACGUGAGGGUGGCGAGGCAGAGCCGAACCGUCCACAAUUAUGGACACGGGGGUAGUGGUUGGAGCUUGGCGUUUGGGUGUGCGUUAGACGUGAAGAGUUUGAUUGGGGAGGUUGUCGGGAUUGAAGGGGAACGCGUUAUGUCGAAGCUGUGAGAGGGUGUUCUGGGAAGGAUCUUCGGAUUUCGAGUGUUGAGUAGGGGAUGUCUGGUAUAAUGUCGAGCUGUCGUGGGUCACUGCGGAUUUCUUUGGCACUGGGAGAAGUGUUUUAAUAGAAUGUAAUUCAACGCUUUCAGCUGGCAUGAUAAUACUGAGGCAUACCACAUAGUUCCCAUCUCCAUUGACCAGAGGAAGCAUUUAUUUUGGCAUGAUAGGACAGGAAACCUGAACUCCAUUCAAUUCAUAGUGGAGGUCGACAUAGAGAAUAGCUCUCUCAUACGUUAAAAACCUGCACAUACUCGUCAGAUAUAGCAAACGACUGAG